CCUACUUUUCUUGGGGCCAAAGGGUAGGCCGUUCCUCUCGGAAGUAAAAGCUGGAGGACUCUAGCCAUGGCGGGAGCUGAGUGGGAGUCGCUGGAGCAGUGCUUGGAGAAGCAUCUGCCAUCCCAAGACUUGCGGGAGGUGAAGCGAGUUCUUUAUGGCAAGGAGACCAGGAAGCUUGAUCUGCCCAGCAGAGCUUUCGAAGUUGCCUCGGAAGGAAACUUUGAACUACAGGGAUAUGCCUUUGAGGCAGCCAACGAGCAGCUGAGACGCCCCCAGAUCGUGCGUGUGGGGCUAGUUCAGAACAGAACUCCACUCCCUGCGGAUGCCCCUGUGGCAGAACAGGUCUCUGCCCUUCAUAGACGCAUAGAGGCCAUUGCCGAGGUGGCUGCAAUGUGUGGAGUCAAUAUCAUCUGUUUCCAGGAAGCAUGGACUAUGCCCUUUGCUUUCUGUACAAGAGAGAAGCUUCCUUGGACAGAAUUUGCUGAGUCAGCAGAGGAUGGGCCCACCACCAGAUUCUGUCAGAAGCUAGCAAAGAAGCAUAACAUGGUGGUGGUGUCCCCCAUCCUGGAACGAGACAGAGAUCAUGGGAAUGUUCUGUGGAACACAGCCGUGGUGAUCUCCAAUUCUGGAGCAGUCUUGGGAAAGACCAGGAAAAACCAUAUCCCUAGAGUGGGAGAUUUCAAUGAGUCAACCUAUUACAUGGAAGGAAACCUAGGCCAUCCUGUGUUCCAGACCCAGUUUGGCAGGAUCGCAGUAAACAUUUGCUAUGGGCGACACCACCCUCUCAACUGGCUCAUGUACAGCAUCAAUGGGGCUGAGAUCAUCUUCAACCCCUCAGCUACCAUUGGAAUACUCAGUGAGUCCCUAUGGCCAAUUGAGGCCAGAAAUGCUGCCAUUGCCAAUCACUGCUUCACUUGUGCCAUUAACCGAGUGGGCCAGGAGCACUUCCCCAAUGAGUUUACCUCUGGAGAUGGGAAGAAAGCUCACCAUGACUUUGGCUACUUUUAUGGCUCAAGCUAUGUGGCAGCCCCUGAUGGCAGCCGGACUCCUGGGCUCUCCCGUAGCCAGGACGGGCUGCUGGUUGCUGAGCUCAACCUCAAUCUCUGCCAGCAGAUGAGUGAUGUCUGGAACUUCAAGAUGACAGGCAGAUAUGAGAUGUACGCACGAGAGCUUGCGGAAGCUGUCAAACCCAACUAUGUCCCCACUAUCGUGAAGGAGUAGCUGUCUUCUGUCCCCAUUAGAUGAUCCAUACCCAACAUAGGAAUGAAGUAAGCCAGACUUUGGGGCUGUAUCUGAGAGUGGAAAACCACAGAAAACCAGAAGACAUCAUCAGGCUUCAGCUUAGCUAAACCAUCUGUGUACUUGGGAAACCUCUGUAAUUUACAAGGUCCCCUGGGCCAAUGACUUUGCUCUGCUUAAUUGUGGGUAUGUUUCCCCCAAAGGGUUAAUUGCCAGUUUUUUUCAUAUAAGUCUGAGAUGACACCAUGGCCAGGCUAGCUGUGUUCAUGAAUAGACCCAUUUCCAUUUUAUAAGCAAAGCUUUCUGAGCUCAGUUGUCCUAUUUAUUUACAUGGUACUGGGCCUCACACAUGCCAGACAAGCAUUUACCACUGAGUCAUAUCCCUUGCCCCAAAUUGUCCCAUUUUAACAAGAGCCCAGAUAGUAAGGCUUUCAAAAGGGAUGUACUUGGUCACUGUCAGUUAAUGCAUUAACCCCCAAAUCCCCAGGGAUUCUUAUGGAUGUAGUCUGCUUCCCUCUGCCAGGGGUUUCAUUUAGCAAAAUUAUCAGUCACAGAGGCUUAAUAGCUUUUUUAGAAGGGUCUUUAGAGUUGUGGGGCCCCAAAGUAGCAAAUGGGCUGCAGUCAACCAGACAACUUCCAAUGCAGCCUGUUGGUCUGGGUCCUGCUUAAAGGAUGCCAAUUUGUAGAUUAGCUGAUAUAAAGAACCAAGUAGUAUGUCCAUCUGAGGUAUGUGCUAGUCCCAAUACCCAAAGAAUUCAAGAAGGUGCUGGGCCUUCUUUUUUUUGGCUGUGGUAGAAGAGACAGAAGAUUUUUCCUUGACUGCUGGAAGGAUUAGAUAUUGUAAAUCUGCCCACCCAGUCCCAAGAAAUUAAAUUUUGUCAGGAAUUAUCAGCCAUCUCUGUGGAGAGGUGUCAAUGCUAUAGUCAGGACCACUAAGACUGAGCCUUGACUUGCCACUCAAUUGGACAUCCUCUAGGUUGUGAAAGUUUUGGACAUCAAGAAGGUAAAGGGGGGGCUGGGGAUGUGGCUCAAGUGGUAGCGCGCUCGCCUGGCAUGCGUGCGGCCGGGGUUCGAUCCUCAGCACCACAUACCAACAAAGAUGUUGUGUCCGCCAAGAACUAAAAAAUAAAUAUUAAAAAAAUUCUCUCUCUCUCUCUCCCCUCUCUCUCCCCUCUCUCACUCUCUCUUUAAAAAAAAAAAAAAAAAAGAAGGUAAAGGUACUCACCUAAAUCCCGACUUGCCCACUACAGGCAAAUUGCAGGGGAGUUUAUUUCACACUUCUUUGUGUACAGAUCUUCUAUUUUGGAGACUCCUUCACUCAAGGGACAAAAGAAUAACAUCAAUUCUUACCAUACUUUCAAUACUUUCAUACUUUGCAUCUACUUUCAAAAGUAGAUGCAACCCAAUACAUGGAAUUGGACCAGAGGGCCUAGGUACUUUUCUUUCUUCACCCUACUAUGGAACUUGCCCAGCCUCCAUUUGGAAACCUUUUUGUCCCUUAACACCAGAUAAGGAUGGUGACUUCGGCACCCAUAAUCAACAGAGCAGUUAAAAGUUUGAGUCCCUCCUGUCCCCAAAGUUCCCCAACAUUUUCAGACUGGUACAUAUGGUCUUUGGUCCACCUUGAAGACGGGAGUAGCUGAGGUUGGGACAGAGAGGGAAUAAAGGAUCAGAAUUAGGGAAGGAGAAAGUAACUAAGGGCCAUUAAAGAUGGGAAUGCUUACUUUCAUUUUGAAGGGUAUAGCAGCAAUUCAUGCCUCAACUGAAUGAACUCCGAAGUUUUUUGCCUACCCAGCCCUAUGAUCAAAUGGCAAGGUCAUCACUACCUACGCUGUUUCGGCCUUGACUCCACAGCUCCUUGCUUUCUGUCUGGGGCCACAGUGUAUAUUUUCUUUGGCUUACUUUAGACAUGAGCCACGAUACUUCUUUUAAGUCCAACUUAAUCCAAGCCAUUUGUUGCCCAGUUAUCAUAAUAAUGCUUGUUUCUGCCCUUUUGUUUUGUUUUUCUUUGAAACAAGUUCUUGUGGAGGCUGGCCCAAACUUGAGAUUCUCCUGCCUCAGUCUCCUGAGGAGCUGGGAUUACAGGUGCAUGCUACUGUGCUCUGCUUAGCUUUAACAGGAGGACUAGAAAACUUUCCUGGGUGAUGAAGUUGACUACAAGAUUCUAUCUAGAAUUAUUUUGGUUCACUUCUCAUUCUCUAGUGAGCUGCCUUUAUGAGCAUUGCAAACCCAAUCCAAGGUAGUAAGAGCCCAAAUACCAGUCAAUGCUACAUCUGUGGUCUUUCAUAGGAGUUAUUCUUAGGGGAAUCUCCCUGAGAGGGCUCAAGAUCAUUUUUAGCUUUUAGGAUCCACUGUAAAAACAAAAACUCUGGGAUCUUUUACCAUUGUCUCCUAAUGGAUUUAAGGUUGUCAUAAGAGGCUGGAGGUAUAGCUUAGUGGUAGAGCAUAUAUUUAGUGUGCUCAAGGGCCUAGGUUUAAUACCUUAAAAAAAUGUUGGCAUAAUAGAUUGCAGGAAGGACCAAGCCAAAAAACAGCCCAGCUAAGACAUUCCUCCUUCACAAGCAUUACAUGACUCACCUCCUGGGUAAAUCAGUAAAUUAAAUCAGCCAACAUUCCAAUUUGCCUGCUUUCUUUCCAUUGUGGUUAUGAAUUCCUCAUAUUCAUGCUCAGUUUAAGUGUAUAUCUCAGUAACUGUUGUCUCAAAGGGGUUGGAAAUAUCUGCACCCAAAGCAAAUUUUAGUACUGGUGGUUAACAAUAUAAAGACAUAAGGUUGCCCACCAGAUUGGUGCCAGAUACACCAUGCCCAAAGAGAAUUAGCCUCAACCAGGGCACCAUCCAGGCAGCUUUGUUUUUUUUUAAUAUUUAUUUUUUAGUUAUAGUUGGACACAAUACCUUUAUUUCACUUAUUUAUUUUUAUGUGGUACUGAGGAUCGAACCCAGGGCCUUGUGCGUGCAAGGCAAGCGCUCUACCGCUGAGCCACAACCCCAGCCCAGGCAGCUGUCUUUGAAUCCUCUUCCAGGGACUGGGCCUAAACUCCACCUCACAAUUUUUUCAUUAACAGACAAUAAAAUAAGGGACCAUUUAUUGCCCAAGUAUCAUACAAGUUGAUCAACAAGUUUGUAAUUGAUUCCCAUGGACUUCCUCUUCAUCAGGCUGCAAGGCUCUCACUGUUCUCCCCCAAAGCCAUGUUUCAGUCAGUAUCCCAUCUUUGUUGCCAAUACUGUCAAGAAUCAUCAAAGGGGCUGGGGAUAAGCUCAAGUGGUAGAGUGCUUGCCUUGCAUGCACAAGGCCCUGGGUUCAAUCCCCAGUACCACACACACAAAUCAUCAUCAGAGGUGUUUUUUGCAAAUUUGCCUGCAAUAGUUUCAUGGAUGUUGGUAGAUACAACACGUCAAAGACAAAGGACAGUUUAUUAUGACAAUAAAAGUAUUCCAGUGACUCCAGAUGUUGAGGCAGGAGGACUGCAAGUUUGACACUAAUCUCGGCAACUUAAUGAGGCCCUAUAUAAAUCUAAAACAUAAAAGGGGUCUGGGGAUGUGGAACAAUGGUUAAGUGCCCCUGAGCUCAAUCCCUGGUACCAAAAGAAAAAGGAAAAAAAAAAAAGGUAGCCCGAGGACCAGCAUUUUCUUUCAUUGAUUCAAGUCCUACUUAUAAUACUUCCUACAAGGUAACUGCUAUGUAAAUAGUUGCUAUAUUAUUUGUUAAGGGAAUAAUGACAAGAAAAGUCUAUUUGCUUAGGAUAGAGAAAUUUUAAAAAAUAUUUUAUAUCCACUGUUCAUUGAAUCUGUGGAUGCAGAACCCACGGAUAUGGAAGACUGACUGUAUUAACCAAGUUAUCCUGUUUUAAAAGCUGUCAUCAGUUUACUCUUCCACCAUUCUUUGUAGGAGUGAAUGUCUGCUGGAUUCUACAUGACAAAGAAGGCUCAAAUGUAUCCUCCCCUUUAAUGAUGAUCUCUGAAAAAUACAGGAAAGCUGAGAAAUAGGUGUUGUUAAAGAUCUAGUGCAUACUAUCCAUUCACUCACACUUAUCAAGCAAUUAUUAGGUGUCAGGUACUAGGGCUCCAGCAAUGGAGGAGUCAUGUAGACAUCACAACCUGGUAGAGGAAGGGCAGAAAGGUGGGAGUGUUGUUUUAGAAAGUGACAUUGGGAGAGAGCUCUGAGGGAAGUGGUGGUGAUGGGGGCACAAUAGGUGCAAAGGCCCUGAGGCAUGAAAGGACUUUGGCAGGUGAAAGGUACUAAGAAGAGGCCUUAUAUUUCGAAGAUAAAGAUGUAGACCUCAAGCCCUGGUAAACUAAGAGGCUUUAAACAGCUUGGGAAGGCCACUUCACCAGAUCUCCUAGGGCUGUAAAAGGCAAAAGAUUUCUUGGGGUAGAGCCUGGAACAGUAGUAUAUAGGCAGCCAAGGAGAUUCAGAGGAAGUCAAGAGGCAGAGAGGAGGGGAGGAGUAACCACCCACCGGAGGGUCCUUUGGUCUGGGACCGUGGGAGUUUCAACUUGCAUUUCCGGGCGUUGAGGUUUUUCCAUGAACACUCAAUUCCAUGCUGGUCCCAUCACUUGGCCCCUGGGGACCAGCAGCUCAGCAGGAUGACAUCUCAGUAUUUCCCUAGUUUCCUCAAUUCUGUUCUGAAGCUGGAGGGUAGGGACAAGUCCAUGAUCCUCAGCCUUGGAUCCCAAGGCUGAGGCAGGUUGGAUAGAAACAUCACAAGAAACUCUAAGUCAGAGGCAUCACCAGGAAGACAGCUGAAGGUUCUACCUCCUUCCAACCAUCAAUCCAAGUGCCAUUCUUUCUACCUGGGAGAAGUCCCCAAGAGCCAAAUAGCCCAGUCUCUGGCUUCCAAACUCUGAGCUCAUUUCCUGGCUUUUCUGGAAUUGGCUCACCCCUAUAGGGUCACUAGGGUUGUUGCUUCUGAUCAUGGCCUGGUCUGAGGAUUGGGAAAACAGCAAAUGACAGGUUUGGGUCUUGCUCUGUCUCCAGCUAAUUGAGUCAUGACCUUAGCCAGUCACUGCCCCUCUCUGGGCCCCAGUCUCCUCCUUGGACUAGACAAGUGACUUCCCAACUUUCAACAUAUUUCAUGGAAUACCAGUGUUACAUCAAAACACUCUGUGGCCAAAUAAUGAUGAAUGGGGUCCCCCAUCAAACAAUGAUGAAUGUAGAGCCUCAUUUUUACAUCCUAAAUCUCCCAGAGGGUACUGUAGCCUGCUGUGGUUGUCAAGCUAGUCUGAUCAGGGCACCCUGUUUUAUAACUUCUCACCAUUGGCACUAUGAAGAAGAUACCCCAGGAUGAGCUAGACAAGAGUCUUUGUAGGGGCAUACUUAGUUCUCUCCUGAAAUUUAAUCUGUACGGGGCUGGGGAUGUGGCUCAAGCGGUAGCGCGCUCGCCUAGCAUGCGUGCGGCCCGGGUUCGAUCCUCAGCAGCACCACAUACCAACAAAGAUGUUGUGUCCGCCGAGAACUAAGAAAAAAUAAAUAAAUGUUAAAAUUCUCUCUCUCUCUCUCUCUCUCUCUCUGUCCCUCUCUCUCACUCACUCUUAAAAAAAAAGAUAAAAAUAUUAAAAAAAAAAAAAAAGAAAUUUAAUCUGUAGAAAUAACCAUUGACCAUGACAUCCAAUGACUCUUGCCUCCUGGUAUUUGUGCCCUUUGUCAUCUCCAGUGCAUGCUGGAUUCAUUUCUUUUUCUUUCUUUCAACUGUAUUCUCUGUUUAAUACCUUGUGGAUCUCAGCAGAUACUCUGCUGGGUGAGCCUAUGAAUAUAAAAGAUUUCUGAUAAGGUAGAGCUAAUUGAAUUCUGGCCUCUCCAUCCAACAAGACACUUGGGAACCCUCUGGUAGCCACUGACUCUGUGCCAGAGUCAUUUCAUUUCAUAAAAAGACAAGGACACACAGGUGCUUAGAGUCAAGGCCAAUGACCUCUGUUAUGUUGGAGAUAAUCUAGGGACCAAUGAUUCAUUUAUAAUAAGUAGAAUUCUACAGAAGUGAGGAAGUCAUCUCCCAAGAUUAGGUUACAGACUAUGGCUUCUAUCCUUCCAGCAUUCUUGGGCCCACCUUCCCAUGUCACCUGCUGCUAUGCUAUGAGGACACUCAGGAAGCCUAUGGCUGGCAUCCCUAUGAGCGAGCUCCAGCCCCACUCUAGCCUUGAGAGCACUGUACUCCCAGCCACCAGUUUGACUGAAACAUCAAAAGAAACCCUGAGCCAGAGGUGCCACCUCAGCUGUACCCAGAUUCCUGACCCAUGGAAAUUGAGAUAAUUUUUUCCCUUUUUGUCCCAGGGAUUGAAUCCAGGGGCACUUAACCAUCGAGGUAUGUUCCCAGCCCUUUCUUUUUAUUUUAUUUAAAGACAAGGUCUAGUAGAGUUGCUUAGGGCCUUACCAAGUUGCUGAGGCUGGCUUUGAACUCCUCCUGCCUCAGCUUCCUGAGCCUCUGGGAUCAAAGGCCUGCUUCACCAUACCUGGCUGUUUGUUGUUUUAAACUGCUAAAUUUGGGAGAUAAUUUGUCAUACAGCAAUGGAAAGCUAAUAAAAUUGUACAGUACCUUCUACAA